AUUCAAACUCUAUCUCCUUGUGACGGCGGAGUUUGACUAAGUACCGGUCAAGAGUUGUGUAACUGGAGAGGACUAGCUUGCUUCAACUUAAAUGCAUCAUCUCCAACUCGUACAAACUACAAAAAUAUGCAUGUGGAAUUGGAUGGCUACAUCCUCUAAUAAGCCAAGUGGUUUCUAAGUCAGUUAGGAAACUGAUACCAUAUUGGUUUGCUUUACUGUCAAUGCAAUGUCAUGAAAUCCUUCAGAGCGUUUAGAAGACUCUAUGACAGUUUUGGAUUCAGCAUACAUUCUAGACAACUAUCAGUUAUCACCGGGGCCAAGCUAGAGCUCUUAAAGGUGAACGAAGCUGUUCAUGUGGAUGCAGAUGUUGCUCGUAUUUCAACUUUGCAUUAUCUUAUACAGCUAUGUGCUAAAACACAGUCAUUGAUGGAAGGGAGUUCUUGUCAUGCUCAGACUAUUCGUAUUGGCUUUGAAAUAGACAUAAUAACAUCGAAUAUGCUCAUUAAUAUGUACUCUAAAUGUGAUUUAGUGGACAACGCUUUCAGGAAGUUCAGUGAAAUGCCAGAGAAAAGCUUAGUUUCUUGGAAUACAAUGAUUGGAUCUCUUACCCAGAAUGGGGAGGAGCAGGAAGCUCUCACUCUUUUCAUUAAAAUGCAAAGAGAUGGAACCUUAUGUAAUGAGUUUAGCAUUUCUAGUGUACUGUGUGCUUGUUCCACAAAAUGUGCUAUAGUUGAGUGCAUGCAGUUGCAUGCUUUUGCCAUCAAGGCUUCUAUAGAUUCCAAUGCUUUUGUUGGAACUUCUUUGAUUGAUGUUUAUGCUAAGUGCUCUAUGAUAAAAGAUGCAAAUCAGGUAUUUCAGAGCAUGCCUGAAAGAAAUCCUGUAACAUGGAGUUCUAUGGUGGCAGGAUAUGUGCAAAAUGGGCUCCAUGAUGAGGCCUUGCUACUGUUUCAUAGUUAUCAGUUAAUGGGAUUGGAGCCAGAUCAGUUUAUGAUUUCAUCUGCUAUUAGUGCUUGUGCAGGUUUGUCAACUUUGAUUGAGGGGAAGCAGGUGCAUGCAAUGUCAUGUAAAUUAGGAUUUUAUUCAAACUUGUAUAUUGUUGCCUCCCUUAUAGAUAUGUAUGCCAAAUGUGGCUGCAUAAAAGAAGCGUACCUUGUGUUUCAGUAUGUGGAGAAGAGAAGCAUUGUAUUAUGGAAUGCAAUGAUAUCAGGGUUUGCCAGACAUGCUUGUGCACUAGAGGCCAUGAUUCUGUUUGAGAAAUUGCAGCAGUCAGGCUUCUGCCCUAAUGAUGUAACAUACUUAUCUGUUUUAAAUUCAUGUAGUCAUAUGGGCUUGCAUGAAGAAGGACAGAAGUACCUUAACCUUAUGGUAAGACAGCACAAUCAUUCUCCCAACGUCAUUCACUAUUCAUGCAUGGUUGACAUUCUUGGUCGAGCUGGACUAGUUAAUGAGGCAUAUGAGUUGAUGCAGAAAAUGCCAUUUAAUGCAACUACUUCAAUGUGGGGUUCACUUUUGGCCUCUUGUAGGAAAUGUGGCAAUAUUGAGCUUGCUGAGGUUGCAGCCAGGCACCUAUUUGAAAUGGAACCUAACAAUGCAGGGAACCACAUCUUGCUGUCAAACAUAUAUGCAGCAAAUAAACAGUGGGAGGAAGUUGCAAGAGCAAGGAAGCUUCUCAGAGAGACUGAUUUGAAGAAAGAGAGAGGUAGGAGUUGGAUUGAAAUUAAGAAUAAAGUACAUUCUUUUACAGCUGGUGAUAGAAAUCAUCCAAAAAUACAUGGGAUUCAUGCGUAUUUGGAUAUUUUGAUAGAAGAGUUGAAGAAGAUUGGUUACAAAGUGGAAACUAAUCAUGAACUUCAUGAUCUGGAGGAGGGCACAAAACAGGUUCUUUUGAGGCAUCACAGUGAGAAGCUUGCUCUUACCCUUGGAUUGAUGUGUUUGCCUUGUGAUAUGCCCAUCAGAAUUAUGAAAAACCUUAGAAUCUGUGGUGAUUGCCACACUUUCAUGAAACUAGCAUCAAAGUUUGCGAACAGGGAAAUCAUUAUCCGAGAUACAAAUCGUUUUCACCACUUGAAGGAUGGCAUCUGUUCUUGUGGGGAUUUUUGGUGAACGUCUAAUUUAUCUUCCUUUAUAUUUCCUCUGGUCUGACUAUCAUUGGAUUUACAUAUUUUUCUGCUUCCUUCAACCAUAUUCAAGCCAUCAAUAGUGAAAGGCUUGGUGAUCACAUUUUAAUUUCCUUGAUCAUCAAUCACUUGGCUGUAUACAACAGGGGCAUAUUUGAGAUUUAAGUACACUGUGAUGUAAAAUUGAGAGACCUGUGGAAUGCAGUUAGGGGAUCUAAGUUCCAACAUUUGAGCCGACGUUAUUGGUCGUUAUGUGUGCCCUCCUUAAUUUCCACAUUAGUAGCCUUUGGUCACAAAGGCUUCGAAUCUGAAUAUUUUAUGCUCUCAUUAAUCAUGAAUAUGAUUAUGUUGGGCUAUGAAGAUUAGUAAUGGGAUAUGAAGCCUUGUUGGACAGGCCUGUUUUAUAAUAGAUUUUUGGUUGUCAAGGCAGCUUAGAGAACUUCAAUCUGUAAUUAGAAGAUGUUCAUGCACAGCUUUGGUUAUUGGAGCAGGAGAUACAAAGAUGAAUAAUUUUAUUAUUCUUUUAUACCUCGACGCUUGUGGCAUACAUCGCUAUACUCACCGAAAUCCUAGUGAUAGCGUUGGUAUGGCUUCUACCUGAAUGUAUAUUUCAUUAUCGGGCAACUUGAAGAUUUAAAAUGUAAGAAUGAUUUUCAUGUUCUUUCUGAGUUGAUCUUAACUAAAUUAGGACAUAGUGUGUUUGAUAGUAGGAGAAAAAUUAGGGCUUCAUAUGACUGCAUUAGUGUCAUUGAAGUGCUUUACUUGUAUUUCAUUCUAUUAGACAUAUUUUUUGUGCAAUGCAUGGACUUUAAGGAAGUUACAUUA